CUUUGUGUAGCAGGUUCGGUUGAGGCGCGGGGCGGCCAAGAUGGUGGCGGCGGUGGCGGUAGCAGGAGGAGUAGUGGAGGUGGCGAUGAUGAUGGCGACCGUAGUAUCGGCGGCGGCGCUGGUGUCGGAGAGAGUGGCUGUGGCAAUAUGAAGCGAGGUGGUCCCGGCGGCUAAGGAUCGGUUUUCCUUCGUCGUUCAGCAAAAAAAAUAUAAUUCACAGCCGAGGGAGUUCUCUGCUUUUCUUCUCAUGCGAAGUUUUUUUCUUUUGGGGGAGGGAAGGAAACACAGUGUAGAAUUGAAACAAGACAGUUUACUGAAAUAACAUAAAUGAUGAAAUUAAAGCAAAACCAGACUCGGACUUACGAUGGGGACGGGUACAAGAAGCGAGCGGCCUGUUUGUGCUUCAAAAACGAGAGUGAAGAGGAGGAUUUUGCUGUGCUGCAAAACUUUAUCAUGGCAGAAGAAGUUUUGUCUUGCCCAUUUUACUUCCAUGUGCCCAAAAAUCUGUGGGUCGAGCAUCGGCCUAGUCAGUCACAUGAAGACCCAUGGCAUAAACUUGCAACGCUGAGUAGAUGUCAUCCUCGAAUCAAGGGACAACUGCCAUCGACGACAAUUGUACUUCAGAAGUUAUGAGAGGUACUGAUUGUGGUAUAAAGUAACUGAUUUUUUUUUCACUUUUACAUCUGCCUUAUUUCUCUUUUUUGAGUGGUGAUGAGAGGGAAAA